AACGUCCACUGCGCGCCCCAGCCACGGCAACUUUGCCGACGCACCACGACGCCGUCGACGGCCAUUUCCGAUAUUCCCAUGACGACGGUGAAGACCCCCACUUCGUUGCAUGACUCGAACACGCUUCUCCAGCUCUCCAUGAGCUGGCAGCAGUCGCCGCCGAUGGCGAUCCCGACGCUUGCGACUCGCCGCGCCACGACCUCAGCGGCCUUUCACCCUGAAGAUGCACAAACCACACCCCAACUGUCGUUUGAAGCACGCGAAGGCCAAAUGCUCGUCCAAGCGUACGCUGCAAACGCACGGAUAGGCGCUGACUUCCCAGGACACGACGACGACCAACACACCGCCGCGGCCGCACCACACCACGAACAUGAAAACGUCACAACACCGCGACCGUCGCUUCUGUCGGCCGACAUGGAUGCUGAUGGGUCGAGCCUCCCUGAUGACGAACAAGACGUGUUCUCGUUGGAACUGUAGCCGACGUACUGGACCCCCUGCCUUGCAUCAGUGUGGAUGUCCGUCGGCGUUUCGUGUUUGUUGCGUGGGAAUGCGUCGGUUGUCGCGGCUGUGCCUCGCUGGUAGGGCACAACUUGGUAGCUUCUCGGACAAUUUUGAACCCACGAAUCUAUUUAUCCUUUGUGGAUGUGGUGCUGCGUCACAGUCAUGAUCUUGUCGAACGGAUUUCGUCUUCAUGGAGCCCAAAUCCUUGCCACUCACCCCGUUCGUAAUGUCCUCGGCAUGUCGUUGCGAUCGGCACAGGACAACUACACAAGAAAUCGCCAGACGCCUUUACCAUCAUCAAAGCGUCGUCUUGCGCAUGGUGGUGAUGGCGAUGCCGACGACGUGCGCUCGGCCUUCCUGACGACGUUAUCCCAAACAUGGCACACCACUUCAACUCGUC